AUGCUCUUCCGCUGCUCGAGUCAGUUGCUGCGGCAACAGGCGUUGGACUACGACGUGCGCGCGCGUGAGAUGGCGGAGCGCAACGCAGCACAGACAAAGGAGAUUCGCGAGUGGGAAAAGCGGAUCCAGAGCCUCAAGCGCGAGCUGGAGAAGGACGCGCAAGACGGCGAAACGACCUGUGGUGAAGGCCCGAAGCGUGCCGUAGCGGACACGCGACUCGAGUCGUUGGCUUCCGCAGCUGCGGCAUUCACUGGAGCUGAUACAGUUGAGUCGCUGUUACCUCCAGGCGUCAUUGCUGCCGAGACGACGCUGCAAAACGAGCUGCGAAGACGCAUGCAAAAGAUGCAGGACUUUUGCAACAGCGUGCCGGGGUUCAUCCAUUCGCAGGACGAGCAGCAAUCGCGUCAUUACUAA